AUGGUCGCAGAACACAUCACCAUCCGCAACAACACCAACACGCCCAUCACCCUGAAGCGCAUUGAGCGUUUCCGGGCCCAGGAGCACCAGAAGCGCGACGACAUUACCUCGCUAGCAAAAAAUUUCACACGGGUAUUAACCAACACGACCCGCAGCGAUGAGCCCGCAGCCGCCAUCGACUCGCAUGCUAAGCCCUUCGAGAACAAGGAGGUCAACAUCCGCAUUGACCCCUUCGAGUCAAACAAGACGGACGUGCGCACGUUCAUUGACUCCGACAAGGAGCUCUCGCGGUUGACCUUUGAUGCCGAGGGCCAACGGCAUCAAAUCCAGACGCCUGUGCCGACCUCGGAGUCGGCGACCAUGAAAGCACUGGACGACAAGCCCAAGCACCGCUUCACAGGUAUCUACGUGACGCCGUCAGCGCAACUGACCAUAUUCUCGUCCGCAAACUUGAACGCGUGGAUGCGCGAGCUGCGUGACGACACGCUGGUCUCGGCGCUCUCCAUCCCCGGCACGCACAACUCGCCCACCUGCCACGUCGCGCCGCCGUCGGUGCGCUGCCAGGCGGUUAGCCCGCGCGAGCAGCUCGACAACGGCGUGCGGUUCUUUGAUAUCCGCGUCCAACCCCAGUACCCGCAGGAUGCGGGCAAGGACGAGCUGAUCCUCGUGCACAGCGUGUUCCCGAUCUCGCUGACGGGCAACAAGUACUUCCGUGACCUGAUGCACGAUGUCAACCAGUUCCUGGACAAGAACCCGUCCGAGACGCUCAUUAUCUCCGUGAAGCGCGAGGGACCCGGCGAUGCCACCGAUGAGCAGCUGGCCCGCAUUCUCUCCGACCACUACGCCCGCCCAGACAGCCGCUGGUGGGUGCAGCCCAAGAUCCCCACGCUGGGCGAGGCCCGCGGCAAGGUCGUGCUCGUCCGCCGCUUUGGUCUGAACGACAAUCUCAAGGGUGCACACGGUGGCCACGGCUGGGGUAUCGACGCCGCCGCCUGGGCCGACAACACCCCCAACUCCACCUGUCCCAGCGGCCAACUCUGCAUCCAGGACUUCUACGAGGUCCAGGAGACCACGAACAUCGACAAGAAGGUCAAGUACGUCUCCGAGCACAUCGAUCGCGCCAGCCAUGGCCGCUACCCGUUCGGCGUGCAGAAGGAUGCUGAGGCUACGCGCCGCUACCCCUUCUUUAUCAACUUCCUCAGCGCCAGUAACUUCUGGAAGACCGAUACCUGGCCCGAGAAGAUUGCCGCCAAGGUUAAUCCCGCGGCUGUGGACCACAUUUGCCGUCGCCACAACAACGAAGACGGCGACUGCUCCACGGGUAUUCUGGUCACGGACUGGGUAGGCCAGGACGGGGACUGGGAUCUCGUACGCUGCAUUGUUGGCAUGAAUGCCAAGCUGCGCGAGCGCAAGAACUAA